UAUUGAUGACAAAUCAAGCAAAUUACUUCAGCCAAUGUUAAAUGAACUUGCAUCUAAACAUCCUGUUGUACAACAAAAAGAUUACUAUCUUAACAAUAUUUUUACAAGAGAAUCAUGGUUGUUUAACAAGGUUGAAGAUAAUGAAAUUAUACUGAAUAUUAUUAAGAGUGAUCUUAUGCAAUAUUUUUGCAAUAAAGAGCGUGCAAUGUCAAAAGAGCAAAAGAAUCAUAUUAUAUAUAGUGGUUCAACUGAUGCUGCAUUGAAAGAAAUUCUUCAUAUUUAUUCAAUACAGGGUAAUGAUAUUUUCUAUUCAUAUGAACGUGGAACUACAGAAAGAGACCUAUUUCGACCUGCUGAAAUGCAUUUUAAAUAUCG